UCAGUUGCAUGGGCUCGCCACGGACCGGGUCGUUGUCGGGAGUGGACAACGCGGCUGUCGACAGUUACGAUGCGCCGCACGUAGUAUCGGGCGAACUUUCACUCGCGGUCGACGCAAUGGACGCCGUCGUCCACGUGGACGAGCGUUGUUGACGCGCCCGUAGCCAGGGGAUGGCGGCGCGUGAGAGCAGGCUCGAGUCCGUGGCGGAUCCCUGCCCGGUGAAUCCACGUAGGAUCGGCCCGCAGAACGUGGUGGUGCGCCUGCGGCGCCGGGAGACGAUGGGCUGCCCGUACCCGGGCACCCACGUGCACUGCGCCCGGCAGUUCUACCAGAACGUCUUCCCCAACUUCACGGUGAUGAACGUGGAGAAGCCGCCGUGCUUCCUGCGCAAGUUCAGCCCGGACGGCAGGUACCUGGUGGCGUUCAGCGCGGACCAGACGUCGAUCGAGGUGUACGAGUACCGCGGGGCCCCGGCCGCCGCGGACCUGCUGGCCGACUGCGAAGGCGAGUACACCGGCCACAAGAGCGACGACUGUAGCUUUCACAUACGAAGUAAUAUCUUCGCGCGAUUUUUCAAGGUGAAGUGGAUUAUAAAUGUAGUUGAAAGCAACCAGCAAUUGAACAGAGAAUGCAGUCUCUUCACCGACGACGCUCGGUACGUAAUCGUUGGCUCGGCCGCUCACAUUCCCGAGGAGUUGAGGCCACACUUUUAUCAGAUUUACUCCAAUAACGAGGCACUGACACCGAACCCUAGAUCACCGCUGGAAGAUUACAGCUUGCACCUUGUUGAUUUGAGGGGUGGAAAGUUGUGCGACACCAGACAUUUUAAAGUCGACAAAAUUUAUUUGUCACAUAAUCAAGGUUUAUAUUUGUACAAAGAUAUAUUAGCGGUCUUGUCUGUACAGCAUCAAACCAUACAUAUCUUUCAAAUUCUUGACGGCAUGUUUAUAAAUGUCAGGACGAUAGGAAGAUUUUGCAUGGAGGACGAUGCGUAUUUAGUGACGAGUGCUUUUCCUGGGAUUAACUGUCGACCGUUUAAGGAUAUUGCUAUUAAUAGCUUGAAACACAGAUUGUUAGUAUAUUUGUACAAAAGAGCAGAAUAUAUAAGCUACGUGACCAAUGAUCCUUAUGAACUCAGAAGAUUUUAUCAGUAUUUCGAUCAGCUAAAUUCGCUACGAAUGUGGAAGAUGCAGCUGUUAGAUACGAAUCACAUCCUGGUGAGGUAUGCGAGCGAGGAGGUGGCGACGUUGCAGGCGAACGAACCGAACGCGCAGCCGGCGCUAUUGGUGGUUUACGAUAUGGUUACGACAAAAAUUUUGGCGGCUUACGACAACGCGUCGACCCAGUUGUUAACGCAAUUCGAGAACUUCAGCGACUUCUUCAGGAAUGCCAGAAUGAGCACGGACUGCCAGUACAUGUGUUCGCCGUCUAAUAACAUUUACGCAAGAUUGUUGCAGCAGAGAUUCAAGCAAACGAUAAUAAGCGCUAGAUACGGAGGCGUUACCGAAGCCACGAAGAGGCUGCUCGCUCAGCUACCGAUAUGCGCACAAUCGUACUCGAGUUCUCCGUACCUCGACCUGUCGUUAUUUUGUUACGACGACAAAUGGGUGUCCAUGAUGGAACGUCCGAAAGCAUGCGGGGAACAUCCAAUACGCUUCUAUGCACGUGAUUCGGGUCUCUUAAAAUUCAGGAUGUACGCCGGCAUGCUGGGACGUACGGCACCAACGGCUGCGAGACGAUUAGUCGCGUUCACGUUCCAUCCAACGGAUCCAUUCGCAAUUUCGGUGCAACGUACGAACGCAGAAUAUAUUGUUAGUUUUCAUGUCAGGCACGUUUAGAGAGAGAGAGAGACGUCUUCCUUUUCCCGACACGUGUAAAUUUUACUGAUAUGUACAUACUGAAAUAUGAUACGGUUUUCUUACGUUUCAUAAGAAUUGUUGGAGAUCGCUGCCGCUAAAGUACAAAAUGGAUUUUGUUUUUUGAACAAAACUUAUGCCUGUAUUUCAAAAUUCACUAUCGGUGUUACCUACACAGCAUAAAAUAUUUCUUGUGGGUCGUUUUUUGAAACAUUCCAAUUAAAUAUUUUAGAAAUAUUUCGCAAAUAUUUGUAAAACGCUUUUUAAAAUACAUUGAAACUUUACAAAAAUAUUCUAGAAAUAUUGUAAGAAAUAUUUCAAUUGAAACAUUUCAAAAAUUCUGAUUUCUUUGACAUAAUUCCGAAAAUAUUUCAAAUUUUGCCAUGAAAUAUUUCGGAUGUAUUUCUGAAAUAUCUUAUUUCUGUGUAGGUAAGGAUUUACAGCCAUACGUAAUUUACGUAACACAAAGAAGAGAUUUUUAGCGCUGAUAAUAAAUUUUGAAAUACCCAUGUUACAGCGCGAUCAUACAAAGUUAAAUUCAAUGACUAUCGACUGUUAGCGUGUAAGACAAUGCAAUGUAGGUUUAAUAUACUUUUAAUACGAUUAAACAUCGAAAAUGAUGAGAUUUUUAAAAAUGCGAAA